AUGAGCCAAACGUCGUCAGUUCAAGGGCCACGAGUGGUCGACUUGACUGACAAUAAUUCUGAUCGUGCUAGUGAUGAAUAUACUAACGAAAGUACUGAGACUGAAAGCGAAGAGGACGACGUUAGCGACAAUCAAGGAAAUAGACAGCAAGAAGAAACCAAUCAACUACCCCAAGCAUCUGCAGAAAAAUCUAAUGAAAGCGAUGGCGACAUUUGCUCCAUUUGCUUCGAACCGUUUUCCAAUUCUGGUGAUCAUCGACUCAGUUGCUUGAAGUGCGGUCAUUUAUUCGGCUUCGGUUGCAUUAGUAAAUGGCUAAAUGGCAAGAAAGGAAAUUCUGCGAAAUGUCCCCAAUGCAAUGCUCUCUCUAAAAAAUCAGACAUACGAAUAUUAUUCGCUAAAAGUAUUAAAGUGAUUGAUACAACGGAGCGAGAUCGAGCUGUAGAAGACUGGAAACGAGAACGAAUGCUUCGACUAGCUGCUGAGCAACAUGUAGAACAACUUAAAUUGGUUAACAAAGAAUAUGAAAGAAAGAUAGCUCAAGAAGAUGAAAGAAAUGUCGGUAAACAUCAAGGUCAAUCAGCUAGCAGUUCCAAGGGAAACUUAUAUGAAAAUUCGCCUAAAAAGGCAAAAUUAAUGCCAUCCGGUUACCAUUAUAAGACUACUGUCCAAAUAUCACAGCAAGGAAACUGUAGAGUCAUGGCAUUCGACGUCUGCUCGGCAAACUUGUUAGUUUCCAAGCCAUCUCAAAAUCGCUUAUUUCCUGGCUUUGGAAUCGUCAAGAUCAGUUCACUAGAUGUGCGAAAUCCCUUUUUUCUAAAACUACAUAAUAAAGAUAUCAGAGACCUUAAAUUCAACCAAAGUGGCGAUAAUCUGCUCUUGAGCGCAUCUCUAGAUAAAACCCUUAAAAUUACUAGCAUGUCGACGGACAAUGUUGUGCAAACGUAA